ACAUUCCCAGUGGAUGGUACGUUCAGGCGGGUGGUGUCAAUAUGAAGUGACGGCCAUGUUGCCGGUGCCGCUGUUGUAAACAAAAAGUGAGAGACAGACGCUUCACUGAAUUUCGGGUCAUUUUUAUUUCUUUAAUUUACAAUGUCUCUGGGAAUGUCUUACAAACCCAAUGUCCAUCAGCACAUUCCGGGAACUUCUGGAAACCAGGCUGGGAAUAUCCAGAAUAUUCAGAAUAUCCAGAAUAUCCAGAAUAUCCAGAAUAUUCAGAAUAUCCAGAAUAUCCAGAGUAUCCAGAGUAUCCAGAGUAUCCAGAGUAUCCAGAGUAUCCAGAGUAUCCAAUCCCCUUCAGCAGCUAACCUGGCAACACUACAGUCCUACAGACCGCUGGUGAACGACUAUGGACCGCCCUCGUUGGGAUUCUCGCAGGGUUCUAGUGGAAACCAAGUACCUCAGAGUAAAUAUGCAGAGCUCCUGGCCAUCAUCGAGGAGCUGGGCAAGGAGAUCCGGCCCACGUACGCAGGCAGUAAAAGCGCCAUGGAGAGACUGAAAAGAGGUAUAAUCCAUGCCAGGGGGUUGGUACGCGAGUGUUUGGCUGAGACGGAGCGGAACGCAAGAUCCUAGCCUUGUGGAGCCAUACGUUUCCCCUGCAAGAACAAAUUGUAUGCGUUCCCUUACGACACCCAAACAAACAGUACUUUGCAUGGUAUUUCCUUUGAAUGGAGGAAAGAUAUGGAAAAGGGAUCAUAAAAAAUAAAUGAAAAUGUUGAAAACAUCACAAAAGAAAAAUUGCAUUAUAAUAAUAAUGAUAAAUGUGUGGAUUCUUUUGGCAAGAAAAUUAAGGGAUACUGUGAGUUCCUUAUUGUUUAGGUUUUUUUCUUAAAUUGCCCCACUUUGGGUGUUCAUUUCCUAUUUAAAACGUUUGGUUAAUGCAUGAGAAAGUUGACCCAUGGUAGCCCAGGGGUUAAUUGUAGAAACUGCAUGGCUUGUACAAAGCUAGAUUAGUAAGACUUGAUCUCUUUUUUGAUAGAAAUUGGUCUGAUUUCCAGACCCUUGUAAACCAUGUGGGGUUGAAGGACAGAGCUGUGCCAAAUGCAUCGGUUUGUUCAUUUUGAGGUUGUUUUUGGUAUGAAAUGGAAAAUGUUACUUGCAUCUUUGUAUGUAUUUAUUACUCAGUGUAAUAAAUUGUAUUUUCAAUA